AUUUACCCAGCUCGUGACGUCAUGCCCUUUACGUCACGCGCAAAUGAAUCGCCAGCCAGCAGCCACACUCUACUGGGAUUCCUGAGAGGAGACAGCUGGUUUCCUUGACAUAUUUAUUUGGUGAGGUUUAAGCCUCAAAUCAGAAUGGCAGGCACCAAGCGUCUUGCAUUCUCCAUCGUCCAGUUUCUCCAUGAUCAGCUCUCCUCUGGGGGUCUGUCAUCAGAUGCUCAAGAAAGUUUAGAAGUUGCGAUCCAGUGCCUGGAGACAGCAUUUGGCGUGUCUGUGGAGGACAAGAGCUUAGCAGUCAGUCAAACUCUGCCAGAAAUAUUUGCAUCUGCAACAAAGCAGGAAGAUGCACCAGAAGAUAAGACCAAUUCAUACAGUGGUUCACCUACAGAGGAGCAGUUGGCAGAGGCAGAACAUCUUAAAACCGAUGGCAAUGACCAGAUGAAAGUAGAGAACUUCAGUGCAGCUGUAGAGUUUUACUCUAAAGCCAUCCAGCUUAAUCCUCAAAAUGCAGUCUACUAUUGCAACAGAGCUGCAGCUUACAGCAAACUUGGGAACUAUGCUGGAGCUGUUCAAGACUGUGAACAUGCCAUUGGAAUUGAUCCAAACUACAGUAAAGCAUAUGGACGGAUGGGGCUUGCUCUUGCAAGUUUGAACAAAUACACAGAGGCUGUGAGCUACUACAACAAAGCAUUGGAGUUGGACCCUGACAAUGACACUUACAAAGCCAACUUGCAAAUAGCAGAACAGAAGAUGGAGACGCAGUCCAGCCCAGCAGGGGGUUUGGGUGGAGUUGACUUGGCUGGUUUUCUGAGUAAUCCAGGUUUCAUGAAUAUGGCAUCUAAUUUAAUGAACAACCCACAAAUGCAGCAAUUGAUGUCAGGUAUGAUGUCUGGAGCCUAUAGUCCUAUGGGAGGUGCCACCUCCCCAGGAGCACAAGCUGGAGCGGGAGGAGGUGCCAAUGACCUUUCUGGCCUCAUACAGGCUGGUCAACAAUUUGCACAGCAAAUGCAGCAGCAGAACCCGGAGCUUAUUGAGCAGCUAAGGAGUCAAAUACGCAGUCGACCUCCAAGUAGUGCUGGCAACGAGGAACCCUGACACUCCCCAAGAUUUGCUUAUCAAUGAACUGGUGGACCUAUGGAAGAUGGGCUAUGUUUUUAUUUUUAAGAUACACCUUGUUCCUACAAUUCAAGUGACGAGACCAAGUUUAUUCAUCACCGUAAAAACUGCAUGUGUGCCCACUUCCCCACAUUGCUCUACCUGUUGGGAGAGGUUGUCAGUGCAAAUGUACACAACAUACUGAAUAUGGGCACUGGACUCCGACAACUUUUUGCUCAAAUGUACUGAAACAUCACAAUGGGUAAACACUAUAUUCCCUAGUAAUAAUCCACUUUGAGGAUUCUGAUUGUAAACAAAUCACUGCUACAUGGACAUUAUGCAGAUUUGCUAUGUUAACACCUCAGUGAUUCCCCUGUUCAACAACAAGUUUCUGUCAGAACUGAUUGGGGUUGACAAAUGAACAUGUGCAAUGUGCAAACAUUGAUCAUUAAAUAUCAGAUUUAAAAUAGGA